AUGAUGCAUGGGGACCAUCGGUGGUGCCGCCGACACAGUCGAGCCCACGAAGGCGCGGAAAUCAGCAAAGCUUCCCAAGUCCUCAUCGGGUCCGAUCGGUGCACGUAUGACCAACACUACACCAUCGAGCGCGAAGGCCAAGGCCAAGUGGUGUGA